AAAUAACCAUUCUUUUAAUUUUGGCGGGAGUUUUCACGUACUCCUGUUAUGGUCCACUGCACAUGUAUAUAAACAACAUCAAACUACAAGAUUAACAAGACAUGUGCGGCAGGACAGCAUGUACUCUGGCCCCUUGUGAUCUGCAAGCUGCUUGCUGUUUUAAAGACAAGCAAGGGAAACAACAAAAACCAGACUGGAGAGAUGCACCAAAUGGCAAGAGUUACUUCCCUUCAUAUAACAUAGCCCCAGGAGCACAUACACCAGUACUGCUGUCCUCAGAUCAUUUCCAAGACUGUGGGUCAAGCAGGCGUGUGAUUCAGCCGAUGCGGUGGGGAUUGAUUCCAUCUUGGCACAAAGGAUCGGCUGGAGACAAAUCAUAUGAGACGAAUAAUUGCCGGGCGGAGAGCAUGUUAGAGAAAAUGACAUAUAAAGUGCCGCUACAGAAAGGACGAAGAUGUGUCAUUCUUGCUGAGGGAUUCUAUGAAUGGAAAAGAGGGAAGGAUUCGAAGCAGCCGUAUUAUAUCUACUUUCCACAAAACAACUUUUGA